GCUCAUGAUCGAAUUCAUCCAUAUUAGGCGGAUCUCUUCCACUUGUUAAACAUGGACAAGGCAUACACCACGGCUAAUCUUAAGACAAGGGACGAACUCAAAGAACGGGGAUAUGACAAAGACUACUACUACUACUCCAAGGCUUCUUAUCAGAGCAAGUCUCCUACAAGAGAAAAUACCAAGCCUCAAGAAGUCAAACUUCACACUCAAGAAAGGGCAACCAAACGGGCAAUGUUCAACUACAUGGUUGCAGCAAAGCUGAGUAUCUUGGAGCAGCGGAGAAAGCAAGAGGAGAUGUUGCAUAAGAUGAUAGAAGAGGAAGAGAUUCGCUUACUGAGAAAGGAGAUGAUUCCGAGGGCUCAGCUCAUGCCCUUUUUCGAUAGACCGUUCGUUCCUCAAAGAUCCAGCAGGCCUUUGACAAUUCCUAAAGAACCAAGCUUCCGCAUGAUGAGCAGCAAGUGCUGCAAUUGUCUAUCCGGUACCCCAAUCUACAAUUUCCAACAGACUACCUAGCAUCACUGAUCGAUGCUGCGAGCUUCAUGCUGCUAGCCUGUUCUUCUACUUAAGUUCUAGUUCCAGUUUUCGUCUUGUUUGUCGAUCCAUUCUUUUUAGAUCUUUUUUUACGUACGUAGAUAUAAAAGGAUAGCAGCU